AUGGGGAGGGGUGGGACCGUUGCUGGGCAACAGAACCAGCUCUCUAACGGCGGGUGGUCUACUGCGAAGAGGCCCCGCAGCCUGGCUGGGCUGCAACCUCAGCACCUCCGCAUGUCGGGGCGGUCGGUGCUCCCGCUGUUGUUCUCCAUGUUGCUCUUGCUGGCCCUGGCGGCUCAGGCUCCUUUCCCUGCGCUGGGGUUACGGAAGCCUCUCUGGAGGGCUCAAAGGGUGAGUCGCCCGCAUCGGCAGCGGAGCGCCCACCACGCUCAGCAUUGGAUCCCGGCCAAGCCUCAGAAGAUGCUUCCAAAUCGGGCCGCUAUUCGAGCUCAGAUUCUGCCGCCAGGCAAAGUAGCCACUGUGACCUCGGUCCUGCCCAGUGUGUUGGGCAUGCUUCCGAAAAUGUCCCACAUGCUUAUGUCUCCCAAACCUACCCCCACCUUGGGUCCAGAGCCAAGUGAGAACUCCUACCUAGCUAAAAAAGGGUCUCAAAUCCUGUCUACUCGGACGACGACCACUCAGGCUCCCAGCAUGCCUCCAGUAUUGUCUAACAGCUCAUCAGAGUUCUCAAUUCCCCUCUCAGUUUUCACAGUGACUCGGACUUUGGAUAUGUUCUCCUCCUUGCCUAUCUCAAUUUCAUUAGCUCCUCAAGUAACAACUGCAUCUUUGAAGCCUGUCCAAAUCUCAAGAGCACCAGCCGGAUCCUUGGUGCCCAUCCAGCCUUCUGUGUUGCCUCAGAUGACAAUAUCUUCUCAAAUUCCAGCUGCAUCUUUGGUGCCAGCUCAGUCCCUAUCGUCCAUUUCAUCCCAGAUGCCCACCCAAAUCCUAACAUCAUCACCUAUGACCCUAAAUGCAUCUUUGGAGCCCACUCCAACUUCCCAAAUGAUUCAGACUUCAGCUCCAACCUUAAUACCUAUCCAAACCUCAAUAUUACUUCUGCCUCUGGCGGUCCCCAAGGAGCUCUCACCAACAAUUCCAACCCUGCCUCCAGUAUUGCCUAAGGAUCUAGCUGUGAGCAGGGUGCCUUCUCAAGUUUCCAAGUUGCCUUGGACUUCAGCUGCACGUGUGGUACAGGCUGCAACCCCAGAUCUGUCUCCGUCAAUGUCUCAGACAAAAGCUAUUCCCCUGGUGCCUUCUCAGACCCUAUCUCCAACUGUGGGCUACACUCAAAUUCCAACCCCAUUUCUACGAUUAUCUCGGACUCUACCUCAUUAUGAAGCUCAGGCUCCAGUGCCCACCCAUACUCUAGCCCCACCACCUGGACUUCAGAAAUGUCAGAUUCUAACUUCAACUGAGCUACUGGCUCAGACUAUUGGGCCACCUCUAGAAUCCAGGGAGAUUUGUGCUCCACCUCCAGAGCCUACCGUUCCUCUGGCUCCACCCCCAGAACCACCUCCAAAGCCAGCAAAGCUUUCCUCUCCAUCUCCUGAGCUAAAGGGGCCUCCAGUUUCACUAACGUCCCCCAGGUCAAUCCAGACUUUUCCAUCACCUUCACACCUGGCUCAUGCUACAGUAUCACCACCUUCACUGUCUCAGAAUGAAGCCAAAGGAAUGAACUUGCACUGCUUGGGGCUCUGCACUUGCAAAACUGGAAUGCUCUCUUGUACUGGCCUCAGUCCUGAACUCCGCCUGAAGACUGUGCCAAUACCAGGACCUGAGGCCCAUGAAUUCAUCUUCUCUUCCCUAGAUUUCCAUGGGAAUUCUAUUUCUGCCCUUGAGGGAAGUGCCUGGAAGUCAUACCCUUGGGCUGAGACUCUAAAUCUCAAGGAUAAUGCUUUGCGUAAACUAAACAAGAAUUCCUUUGAAAGCCUGCUGUCCCUCCAGUAUUUGGAUUUAUCCAGUAACAAAAUCAGCAUUAUUGAGAGUGGUACAUUUGAAUCAAUACCUUUUUUGCAGUUUUUAAACCUCAGUUGCAAUUUACUCAAAAACCUCCGUUAUGGAACAUUUCAAACCUGGCAUGGAAUGCAGUUUCUGCAAAGCGUAAUUCUCAGUCACAAUCCUUUGUCAGCCAUCGAAGAUACUUUUUUUUUCCAUCUGUCAUCUUUGAAAUAUUUGGAUAUAGGUAGAACAGAGGUACCACUUUUGGCCAUCAAGAAUAUCCUGGAGAUGGCCUUCAGGUUACAAACACUAAUCUUGCCCAAUAAUUUUGCCUGCUGCCUGUGCCAGUUUAAAAAGAAUAUUGAAAAUCUCUUAAAGACAAUUAAGCUACAGUGUGAAAGUGACUGCUUCAGCAACUCCUCUCUUUGUGAUCGAAUGGAAUCCAUAGACUCUAUACAAGAGGAACUCAUCCAGACGCUUCAGGCUAGAGAAAGGAAAACAAGUGCUAAGCUAAGCCUACAGCCUGAGAGAUCCUAUGCAGAGAGUGAGAAGGACACCUUUACUUUGCUAAAUGAACCAUUAAGUUCUAAUGUUGAAAAUGAUAUUCUCGGUGCAGCAAACUAUUUGCUGCCAAAAUUCCGGAAGGGGCAAGUGAAAAAUGUCGAGUUGAACGUAUCCCCCUUUAUUAAACUGCUUGAUACCCAUCCUCGAAAAGGAGUAAAAACUCCGGGUCUUCCAUCCACUGCUUCUGCGUGGUCCUCGUUUGGCACAAUACGGCUCAAUCUGACUGAUGGGAUUCAACUGAGGAAACUUCACUUUGUGACAGUUUUGCUGGAAACCUAUCUUCGAGAAAAAAUGUUAAGUAUUGAAAAACCUGCCAAAGAGCCCACACUUCGAGAGAACUGGAAAGCUUCUGGGCCGGAAAGGAGCGGGAUGUGUGGCGGGGAACCGGGGAAAUGCAGCCCGACUCCAGCUGGCAGCCUCGGAAAGGCGGCAGUGCCAGGAGAGGACAAGUGCAGCGUGGGGAAAUUUUGCGCCCAGAAGACGCUAGCAGAAGUGGGCAAGAUCAGCCUCAGCCGGAGGAGCCGGGGGAAAAACCGUUCCAAAGGGGCCAGCUUGUCCCAGAACCUUCUGCACAAAGAGAAAAGGGGCAAAUCCUUCCGGGAAAGCUUUGCCCGAGGGAGAACGGGAACUGCGGCACAUGCCCAGAAGACCCCAAGCUCCUGGCCAAGGCAACCAGACCUGCGCCAGACUACACCGAGUAGAGGCUCACUCUAUGCUGGGGCGUCCGUCUUUAAAGAUCUUAAAGCAGCAGUUUCUCCUUUACUAAAAAAACUUGUAGGCAUUUCUUCAACUGCCAACCUUUCGGAUGCUUCAUUAAAGUCCGGAAGCAAAUUAGAUGGUUUAACAUAUCCAAUUUCUGCUUCAAAAAGUGUAAAUAAAAGCCUUAAAUAUAAAGGGCAAAAAAAAAGACAUGGAAUUGUCCCCACAUUGCAAAAAGACCGUAUUCCAAUUUUACAUUCUAAUAAAACUCAUUUUUUCCAUAAAGCAAAAUCCCGAAUCAGAAUGUUCCCUGAGGCUAAACGGAGCCAGAAGGGAAAAACUAAGUUCCUACAAAAAAAUUGGUUCCUUGAAAAUUCCAUUUUCUCAGAGAUUAGAGACCUUGUAAAUAAUUCUCCAAAAAAACCUUCCAAAAAGACCAUUCCCACAAAGAUUUCUAAAGGAGCCUCUGCAGCAAAUACUAUGUCAAAAAAUACUACUACUACUUCAAAACAGAAAGGAUUCGAGUUAGAGAAUGCUGCACUGAAUGGUGAAGUCUCUCUUAAUGAUUCUCCUUCAGAUGACAAGUUGGAAAGUGAACUAAACCAGCAGUUACAGCCUCUCAUACCCAACAAGGUCUUCAGGGGCUUAAUUUCUCAUAUCACCCAAACUUUGCAAAACGACUGCACCAAGCCUUCCCUGCAAGUGGCCUGUGCCAAGCUCAUUUCAAGAGCAAAUCUCCUGAUGAAACUGCUCAGUGAGCAAGAAAAGAUGAAAGAGUUCCAUAUAGAUCAGAAUUCUGACCUCUGGAAAAAUGAGCCCUAUCUCAAUGACAGCACCACGCAACUGGUCCUAGGCGAUCUAAAAAAGACACCAAAAGAAAUUCCAGAAUUUAGCUAUAACAAUAAACUCCUCUUGGCCAUAUCAGUGACAGUAGUGGUAAUGAUCAUUAUUGCUAUGAUUUGUCUCAUUGAGAUUUGUUCCCAUAGACCAACAUCUCCAAAAGGAGAAGGAAAGCAUUCAUACAGCUUAAGGAAUUUUUUUACAUCUCUGUAUAAGAAGUCCCCCAAAGAUGGUUAUGAAGAGGUUGAGAAUUCUCAAAAAAAGGGAAAACCUCUCUGGCUUAGGGAUAUGUAUCGGCCACUAGACGCCACACGCAAAAAGAACAUGGCUCAAAAGCUACGUGACCAGGACUCCUCUGAUGAGGAAGACAUUUUCAGUAAAGAGGAAAGGAGUGAAGAAGAUGUACAAGGAAAAAGAAAAGAGAAAGAUUAAAGUAAAGCCUCAGAAAGAGACUCAUCAAUAUUAUUUUGUGAAUAUCAGUUUUUCAACACUAUUUGUAAAAUUAUACUUUUUAUCAUAUUAAAUGAAUAUAAUCCAAACCCAA